GCUUUCUUCUUCUAUUUCUUUCUCUCGUCCCAUUCGAUAGAUCACAGAAACCAAAAAAAAGAAAAUUGAAAUCCGAUUGAGAAGAAGGGUUUAUUCAGCUUAGUGAAUCUUCGUUGAGAGAAUCAUGAGCAGAGGAAGCGGCGCAGGAUACGAUCGUCACAUCACUAUCUUCUCGCCGGAAGGUCGUCUCUUCCAAGUAGAAUAUGCAUUCAAAGCCGUGAAAGCAGCUGGAAUCACAUCGAUCGGUGUGCGAGGGAAAGAUUCAGUUUGCGUCGUUACCCAGAAAAAAGUUCCGGACAAGCUUCUAGAUCAGUCAAGCGUAUCUCACCUUUUCCCUGUGACUAAGUACCUUGGAUUGUUAGCCACAGGCAUGACAGCUGAUUCAAGGUCAUUGGUGACACAAGCAAGGAAUGAGGCAGCUGAGUUUAGGUUCCAAUAUGGAUACGAGAUGCCCGCAGACAUUCUCGCUAAAUGGAUUGCAGAUAAGUCACAGGUCUACACUCAACAUGCUUACAUGAGACCCCUUGGAGUAGUUGCCAUGGUUCUAGGUAUUGAUGAAGAGAGAGGACCCCUACUUUACAAGUGUGAUCCAGCCGGGCAUUUUUACGGUCACAAGGCAACUAGUGCUGGUAUGAAAGAACAAGAAGCAAUCAAUUUCUUGGAGAAGAAAAUGAAAGAAAACCCUGCCUUCACAUAUGAUGAAACCGUGCAGACUGCUAUAUCCGCUCUGCAAUCUGUUCUUCAAGAGGACUUCAAGGCAACUGAGAUUGAGGUGGGAGUUGUGAAAGCUGAUAACCCUAUCUUCCGUUCGCUGGAAACCGAGGAGAUCGAGGAGCAUUUGACCGCCAUCAGUGAACGCGACUGAUCACUUUUCUAUGUAACAUCUAAAUCAGACUUUGCAUCUCUUCCUUUUGCUUCAAAUCCUUUUUUAAAUUGAUUCACAUUUCAGAGAGUUUACGAAUCGUGUCGUUUCCAUUUGAAUCAUCUACUUUCUCAGAUCGUCUUAAUAUGAGUUUGCAUGUAAGGGUAACAAAUUUAUAGUUUGAAUGACCAAAGCACAGGG